UCUUUCCGUUUCCCGUAUGCGGGUUACCGUAGAGAUGCAGCACGCACACCCGCGUUUAUACAAACACUCAGUCCCCUCGCAAAUCUCAGCAAUUACAUUUUCGCUGAAAUAUUUUUCAGUGUCGGAGUCCCCAACAGCAGCCUCUUUCCCGCAUCCCGCGUUCAGAGCAUAUCACACGGCGCGUAUUCCACGCACAACCCGCCCACGAUGACCGCACGCGAGGUCUACCGCUACGUCGACAAACGCGGCGACAGCAUCAUCUUCAAGUUCGAUCCUGCGCUCAUCAACGACCCAACCGACGGUCCACUCUCCAUCUACCACGUUUGGAGACACCAAACAAAGACAUCGACGCAAUGGAGCUCUAUGCUCCUCGAUCGAAUAAGUGCAACGGAGCGGUGGAAGGUGGACAAGAAGCCGAUGGCGGGUCUGCUGCUCUGGCAAGGUGAAGUGAAUGGAAAGCAGAUGGUGGUUAGGUUCGUGGGCUUUGAGAAGUCCGAGAAGGGAUGGAUGGUGGAGUUUCCGGGGAGAUUUUCUUGAGGAUGACGUGGAGAUGAGAUUGAGUCGCAAGUUGACUAUGGAGGGUAAGUGCUUGAUCUUGAUUGGGGAAGAACGAAGGAGGAUGAACGAGGAAUGACGAGG